CCUGCUUCCAAGGGCCGGGAUAAGGAGGCUCCCGUCCCGUUCCCUGGCCCAUUCCCUGGCCCAUUCCCUGCCCCAUCGGCCCAUCGGCAGCGGGCCGGGGCCCAGCGCCAUGUCUUUCAGGAAAGUGGUCAGGCAGAGCAAGUUCCGCCACGUGUUCGGCCAGCCGGUCAAGAAUGACCAGUGCUACGAGGACAUCCGGGUGUCGCGCGUCACCUGGGACAGCGGCUUCUGCGCCGUGAACCCCAAGUUCGUGGCGGUCAUAGUGGAGGCCAGCGGCGGGGGAGCCUUCCUGGUGCUGCCCCUCAACAAGACCGGCCGCAUCGACAAGGCCCACCCCACGGUGUGCGGCCACACGGGACCCGUGCUGGACAUCGACUGGUGCCCGCACAACGACGAGGUCAUCGCCAGCGGGUCCGAGGACUGCAGCGUCAUGGUGUGGCAGAUCCCGGAGAACGGUCUGGUCCUGCCCCUGACGGAGCCCGUGGUGGUGCUGGAGGGCCACUCCAAGCGCGUCGGCAUCGUGACCUGGCAUCCCACCGCCCGCAACGUCCUCCUCAGCGCAGGCUGCGACAACGUGGUGCUCAUCUGGAACGUGGCCACGGCGGAGGAGCUGUACCGUCUGGAGGAUCUGCACCCCGACCUCAUCUACAACGUCUGCUGGAACCGCAACGGCAGCCUCUUCUGCUCCGCUUGCAAGGACAAGACCGUGCGCAUCGUCGACCCCCGGAGGGGCACCCUCGUGGCGGAGCGGGAGAAGGCUCACGAGGGGGCCCGGCCGAUGCGUGCCAUCUUCUUGGCGGACGGCAAGAUCUUCACCACGGGCUUCAGCCGCAUGAGCGAGCGGCAGUUGGCUCUCUGGGACCCGGAACACCUGGAGGACCCAAUGGCCCUGCAGGAGCUGGACUCCAGCAACGGCGCCCUGCUGCCCUUCUACGACCCCGACACCAGCGUGGUCUACGUCUGCGGCAAGGGGGACUCAAGCAUCCGCUACUUCGAGAUCACGUCGGAGCCGCCCUACGUGCACUUUCUGAACACCUUCACCAGCAAGGAGCCGCAGAGGGGGAUGGGGUGCAUGCCCAAGCGGGGGCUGGACGUCAGCAAGUGUGAGAUCGCCAGGUUCUACAAGCUGCACGAGCGCAAAUGCGAGCCCAUUGUCAUGACGGUGCCAAGGAAGUCCGACCUGUUUCAAGACGACCUGUACCCGGACACGGCUGGGCCGGAGGCCUCCCUGGAGGCGGAGGAGUGGGUGAAGGGGCAGGACGCGGAGCCCCUCCUCAUCUCCCUGCGCGAGGCCUACGUGCCCAGCAAGCAGCGUGACCUCAAGGUCAACCGGCCCGCCUCGGCCCCCUCGGCCCGGCCCGGCGGGAGCGCGGGCCCGGGGGGCUUCCCGGGGGCGGCGGGCGGCGGCGGCGGGAGCCCGUCGCGGGAGGCGGCGCAGUGGCAGGAGGUGGCACGGGAGCUGCGGGCCCUGCGGGCGCUGGUGCAGGAGCAGGGCCAGCGCAUCGCCCGGCUGGAAGAGCAGCUCAGCCGCAUGGAGAACGGAGAGGCCUAG